AUGCCACGCAACAUGUACCCAGACGAUGCCGAGAAGAAGAACCGUGGUUUCCUGGGCUUCGACAGUUCUGCCCUGCCCCCGAGGGACCGCCAGGACCGUCGUCAGCUACGCUAUGAGCUGGACUUGAAUUCAUGGAACCUGAGAAUAUGGGGUGUUGCUGCUUCCGGGUUUCUCACUGAUUCAUAUAAUCUAUUCGCGAGCAACGUCAUCCUCACAUCCAUCACAUUCGUCUACUUCCCCGAUCAAAGGUGGCCUGGCCUCGUCAUAAACCUCUUCACCCUCUUCGGCUCGGUUUGUGGUCAGAUACUCUUUGGGUAUCUGGCCGAUCGGUAUGGACGGACCAGACUCUAUGGCAUUGAGCUUGUCCUCGUCAUUGUCUCAACAAUAGGAGUUGCCACGAGUAGCUAUGGCUAUGGCGACAUGUCAUUCCUGGCCUUGUUCACUUGGUGGCGGUUUGUCAUGGGCGUUGGAAUCGGAGCAGAGUAUCCUCUCAGUGCUGUCAUCACUUCAGAGUGGUCUAGCACCUCGUCCCGAGCAAACAUGAUCUCCUCCGUGUUCAUGAUGCAGCCUGUAGGCCAGGCACUCGCUCAGCUCGUCGGCCUUUGGGUGGUCAUUGGCCAGAACAACAAGUACGACUUACAAGGCAUGCAGUGUGGGAUCAACGACAAGUACGAGCACGAGUGCAAGCAGAUCGUGGACGGCAUCUGGAGGAUCGUCAUUGGGUCCGGCUGCGUCCCGGCUCUCCUCGCCAUCAUCUUCAGGUUCUUCCUAUACGAUUGUGGUCUGUACAGCCUGGAGGUCAAGGCAAAACCGGGGACUGCUUUUCGCGACACACAAAGGGUAUAUGGUGCUCCUCCUCCUGCUGUGAACGUUGACAGCCCGUACUCCCCCGGUGGCUUUCAAGCACAGCCCUUCCAAUUCAUGCCGGUCCAAUUUUCCAAGGAGGAUCUAUACAAUUACUUCAUCACGGAUGGAAACUGGUACUACCUGCUAGGCACCAGUGCAACAUGGUUCUUCUUGGAUGUCAGCUUCUACGGCUUUUCCCUCGAUAAGGGCAGCACACUCGCGGACCUCUGGGCAACGAGCCUCAAGCCUGCCGUCACACCUGACCUGGCUUGCUGGAACUCAACUCUCCCGGGUGGCAAUUCCACACUUCCACUGUGGAACGAGUACGGCAUACCGGCAUGGCAGACAGACUAUGCCAAACCCUGCUCGACUAUAUAUGACACACUGCUGGACCAGGCCAAGCAGUACCUCCUUACCGUAUCUAUCGCAUCAAUUGCCGGCACUGCGUGCUAUACCUUCGCAGCGAAUCGUCUUCACCGCAGAAACUUUCUGACAAUGUCAUUUCUCUUGCUGAUGGUCCUUUUUCUCAUCACCGGAGGGGUUUACUAUGGUGUCGCUCACACGCCCUCUGCCCCAGCGACGGUCGUCUGCGUCGCGAUCUGUCAUUUCUUUUUCAAUUUCGGCGCAAACACCCUGACUUUCAUCAUACCCGCUGAGAUCUUCCCAACCUCGUAUCGCUGCACCUGCCACGGGAUAUCCGCGGCAGCAGGCAAGAUCGGCAGCAUGGUGGCCGUGCUGGUCGUCUACGGCAUCAACUCGGGCUACAAGUCGCCCACGCGGCAGGGCCUCAUCUUCCUGCUCUUCUCCGUCUUCAUGGCCGCGGGCGCCAUCUACUCCUGGGCCUACCUGCCCGACAUCCAGCGGCGCGUGGUCGACCGCGAGAGCGGCAAGACCUUGAGGCUCGAGAACAAGAACCUCGAGGACCUCGGCGAGGGGAGGGAGCGCGCCAGGAGGGACGGCGAGGUCGUCACCGUUAGCGAGAAGCUGAAGGAGCUGAGGAGGCGGGGGCGCGGGGCGGAUGACUCGCCGGAAUCGGGCGGGCAGGAAGUCCGGGGACAGGAUAUCGGGAUGCGAUGA